AUGAGCCUGGAUUCUCUGUUUGAGUACAUUUUACUGACAGAACAGCAGGCCUCCGAGAUGAACCGACACCUACCAGAGGGGUUGGACCCAGCUGAGCCUUGCUUCCAGAACACUCCCCCAGAAGUCAGGCUGGAUAUCUCCGAUGCUGCUCUGGUUGAUGUCAUUCACACUGAUGCUGGUCCUUUUAUUCCAGAUCUUGGUUUCGGGAUGAGCCAAGUGAUUGGCCACCUGGAUUUCUUCCCUAAUGGAGGAGUUCACAUGCCGGGAUGCACUCAGAAUGUUGAGGUCCCAGAUGUCACUGUGGAAGACGUGUGGAGUGGUGGUAUUGACUUUUUAACCUGUAACCAUGAGCGUGCAGUCAAGUACUACACCGACAGUAUCACCAGUUCUAACACAUUCGUGAGCUUUCCCUGCACUAACUGGGAGACCUAUGAGUUGGCGGUGCCGGAUGCCCAAGGAUGGGUCACUAUGCAGACACAUACAAUGGCGUUACCUCUUCCAGCCAAGUCUUCUAUCUCACCACCCCUUAAAAGCAGCUCCUGCCAUAGUUACAUCUGUACUAACCACAGCUCUAAUUAAAUGUUAUUUUGCA